GUAGGCGUUCAGGCAAACAUUUACAAUUAUCUCAAAAUUUCCAGAUGAAAAGGUGUCCAUAAAAUUUCGGAGUUACACAACACAUUUUAGCCAUGGAAUUUCGCCGAUUGCAGCCAUUGCUGCGCCUUUCAUCACGGCCUCUUCUGAGCUUCUGCAGGCAGGUCAGCGUUUAUGAUGACGAAAUGGAUCAAGUAAUGAGACCUAACUGGCACGUCAUUAUGAAUGGAAAGUACAAUAAGGGUCUUGCCUUCAGCAUCAGGGAGCGGCAACGUCUGGGCAUCAUGGGAUUGAUGCCCUGCUCCGUGCGCUCCAUGGAUGAUCAGAUGAAUGCAGCCCAGGCGAACUUUGAUGCCAGACCCUCCAAUAUGGCCCGAUUUGCAUACUUGAGUGCACUCCACAAUCGACACCGACGACUGUACUACCGGUUCAUCAAGGAAAAUAUCGAGAGAGCGCUGCCCAUUGUUUAUACACCAACGGUGGGUGAUGUGGUGAACGCCUACGGACUGAACUUCCAGCAGGCCAUCAGCCUGUUCAUCAGCAUUCACGACAAGGGCCACAUCCGGGAUCUAAUGCACAACUGGGUGGAUGAGGGCGUGAAGGCCAUCUGUGUGACCGAUGGCGGAAGGGUCCUGGGUCUCGGAGACAUGGGAGCCAAUGCCAUGGGCAUUAGUUUGGGAAAAUUGGUUCUAUACACGGCAUUGGGCAGCAUUCCGCCGAGCACACUUAUGCCCGUUUGCCUGGACGUGGGUACCGAUAAUCAGUCCCUGCUGCAGGAUCCCCUCUAUGUGGGGGCACGAAUUCCGCGGGUAAAGGGACCGGAGUACGAUGAACUGGUGGAUGAAUUUAUGGAGUCGGUGGUUAAAUGCUUCGGACACAGCACCUUUAUUCACUUCGAGGACUUUGCCACUCCCAAUGCCUUGAAGUUCUUGGAUAAAUACAGGAACGAUUACUGUUGCUUCAACGAUGACAUCCAGGGGACGGGCGCCACUGGUCUGGCCGCGUUCAUCAACGUGGAGCGCAUCACUGGCCGUAAAUUGGAGGACACCAUAUUCCUCUUCGUGGGAGCUGGGAGUGCGGCACUGGGAAUCGCCAAUAUGUUGGCCAUGGAACUGGAGGUACGCGGCAUUCCUACCGAGGAGACAACCAAAAACAUCUACCUGAUGGAUCUGAAUGGUUUGUUAACCCACGAGUCGCCCAAUCCACCCGAGCUAGGGAAAAUAUUUAUUAAGUCCAUGGAGCCCAUGAAGGAUCUUUUGGCCGUGCUGGAGAAGCUGAAGCCGUCCGUACUUGUCGGAGCCACUGGCGUGGGUGGAAUUUUCAACGAAGAAGUGCUGAAAACUAUGGCAAAAAAUCACGAACGUCCUGCAAUUUUUCCCCUCUCAAAUCCAACUGCCAAUUCGGAAUGCACCGCCGAACAGGCCUUUACACACACUGAGGGUCGUGUCCUCUUCGGUUCCGGAUCGCCCUUUCCGCCAGUGGUCAUCAAUGGCAAAAGAUAUCAGCCCUCGCAGGCCAACAACUGUCUGACUUUUCCGGGCAUCGCACUGGCUGCCAUUGCGGCAAAGGCCCGAUGUCUGCCAAAUGCCGUAUUUUCGGUAGUGUCGCAUGAACUGGCCAGGAAUACACCGCAGGAGCUGCUGGACGAGGGCAUCCUGUUUCCGCCCAUCAAGGAUGCAAACAGUGUGGCCUUCAAUGUGGGCGUAGCGAUGACUCAGUAUCUAUUUGAUAAUGAUCUUUCGAAUAUCUACCCAAAGCCCGACGAUGUCUGUGAGUUCGUCAAGAGCCGUCUGUAUAAAUUCGAGUACCGAAACUCACUGCCAACUACUUGGGAUUAUCCCGAGCAACCGCCGACACCCAAAGCCAGACCCAAGUCCACGCCCAAGAAAAAAAGCACGGAGUAAACUUGGCCGGGAUUCCUUUAUAUCGAGCACUACUGACCUGAUUUUCAGCUGAGCGGGAGCCGUGUGUGUAAUUAGUUGCAGAUGCAAGAAUACAAGGACCUACAUACACCGAGGCACAUACAAAGUGGCACGAUAAAUGCCCGACAUUUUAACGUUAUUAUUGUCCUGUCAACGGGAAGCCAGUUGACAUGCUCGUGCGCCUGUGUGUGUGUGUGUGUAUC